UAGGAUGUGUACAUUGCUUAUUAUAUAAUAAAAAUGUUUACGCAAUGUUAGUUAUGGAAUAGUUACUUUUUUAGUUAGUAUAAAUUAUUCAUAUAACUCUAUUUUUCAGAAUGAAACAGAAAAUGUCAAACAGGCAUAUUCAUUUCAAGGGUAUGUACAUUGCAACAAAAAUGUUAAUACUAACGACGACUUCGAUAAUAAUAUUGCUGAUUUACCUUCAGUUAGAUUUAACGUUGUCGUGGCAUUUGGAGAAAGAAUCGAUCAAUACAAGCUCAAACUUAUUCAAAAGCACAUGUAAUGGAGCUUUAUUUCCAGUUCAAGUGAACACAGAGAGCAAUUGGGGACCAGUCGACCAAAACAGAACGAUUUUUGUAAUUUCUGCGUAUUACGUUGGAGAACGAGAACGGAUUUUUGUCAUUGGUUCCAAGCCAUUCCAAGAAGUCACAGUAAUUUGUCAACUUUGGUUUACUAGUUUAGACAAGAAAUCCAGAUCAAUUCGGCAAACAAAUGCCAAAGUAGUGGCUCCGAGUGGUGCGACUGGAUACAAUUACACAUCUACAAUUUUUGAAUGUAAUUUGGAAUCAGCCGAACAGCCUACGCACGUUUCUCUCGUGGUAAAUUCCUGUGAAAAUCCUUUAAAUCUUGUAAAAGUACGGGAAGCAUCGAAACCUGCAAAAUAUCAGCGUCGUUUUACAGUGUGCUUAUCUCCAAUGUUCCAAUUUGAUGAAGUGUUCCGGCUUGUUGAAUGGAUUGAAUUCAACAGAAUACUUGGCGCUGAAAAAUUUCUGUUGUACAACUACUCAACCGGUGUUAACGUAGAAAAAGUGAUCGGCUAUUACGUGAAUUCAGGAACAGUUAAAGUCAUCCAAUGGGAUAUACCUUUUCCGCCUGAAAACAACAUAGAAUAUUUUGCUCAGAAAGCUGCUUUAAACGACUGCAUUUUCAGAAAUAAAAAUGUUUCGGAAUUUGUCAUUAAUAUUGAUAAGGAUGAAUAUGUCAUUCCACAUGCAGAAGACCUAAUAAACUGGUCUCAGAUGAUCAAACUAUUUGAUAAAAACUAUGCAGGGUAUCUAAUAAGGCAUACCUUUUUCAGACUAGACUGGAAAAUAAAAAAUCAGAACUUUUCAGAAAGACAGUAUGCAGAGGCUCACGAUUUAGUUACAUUGACACAUUUUGAGCAUGAGAAAAAGAUAUGGCCAGCUUGCCACCGGUCAAAGUAUUUUGCUCGAACGGCUUAUGUUGAGUUUGGAAAUAUUCAUGAGAUACCACGUGGAAGAAUUUUCACUGUUCCUACGAAUAUUGCAUUACUGCAUCACUAUCGAAUAUAUGGGGACCCAAAGCAAUAUGAAAAGGUCAAGGACUUUACUGUUCUGUUGAAAUAUGGCCAUACUCUCACGCGUAAUGUGCAAAAAAUAUGGAAAGCACUUUCAGUUAGCAAUAAUAUUCAUCGUAACUUAUCAUUAAUGAACUUAAAUUCAGCCGACUCUGGUUUAAGGAAAUUUAAAACUUUCUAAAUGUUCACGAUAUUAUUUCUAAAGGCUGUUAGUGAAAAAGAAGCUUUACAGGUCCCUGUCUGCUAUUUUGUUAAACAUGGGAUUUUGAUGAAAAAAUAGCGGCCACCAGAUGUCCCUGCUGAUGAUGAAUGGACAGUUAAUUACCAGAUUGUGGUCCCAAAAUUUUAUCGUCAGGAAUUUUUUUCUCUGGCUUAUAAAACGCCCAUGUUAGGUCAUUGCGGUGUAAAUAAAACAUACCAAAAGAUCUUGAAUCAUUUUUAUUGGCCUAAAUUGAAAUAUGAUGUGUCUAAAUUUUGUAGGUCUUGCCAUACAUGUCAAAUGGUAGGCAAACCCAAUCAGAAAAUACCUUAGGCACAUCUCCAGCCAGUACCCGAAUUUGAUGAGCCUUUCAGUAACUCGACACCAAUUAACAACAUCCAUAUAGAAUGAACCCAUCAAAACAAAAUCAUCUAAAAGAAGAAAUUCAAUAUUUGUUAAACAAUGAUUUCAUUGAACCCAGUAACAGUGAAUGCAGUUCGCCAGGUAUUCUUGUUCCAAAAUCUGACAAAUAUUACCGCCUGUAUACAGAUUAUAGGAAAGUUAACAGCAUCACAAAACUGAUUCAUUUCCAAUAUCUAGAAUUGAUUAUUGUAUAGAUAAAAUUGGACAGGCAAAAUAUGUAACAAAAUUUGAUUUGUUGAAAGAGUAUUGGCAAGUUCCUCUAACUAAAAAAUUAAAACAAGUUUCAGCCAUGGUUACACCGUUUGCAUUUCAUGUUACGAAGUUCGGUAUGAAAAACUUGCCUGCAACAUUUUAACGACUUGUAGAUUCAAUCAUUUCUGGACUUAAAGGAUGUGAUGGAUACAUUGAUGGUGUAAUCAUUCACCUCCGACACUUGGAAAAGCCAUUUACAGGCCAGCAGAUAUUUCUUCAGGAGAGUCAGUGAAGCAAAGAUGCAAUCAAUCUAUCAAAAAGUGAAUUUUGUAAAGCUUGUGUUGUUUUUAGGUCAUGUUGUGGGACAGGGUCAAGUAAAACCUAUUAAUGCAAAGGUUGAAUCAAUCUCUGAUUUUCCAGUUCCAUCCAAUAAAAGACAACAUAUGCCUUUUCUCGGUAUGGCUGGAUAUUACAGAAAAUUUUGUCCAAAUGUUUCUACUAUUGCUGAACCUUUAACCAAUUUACUUUCUAAAAAGUCAAAUUUUGUCUGGAAUGAUAAAUGUCAAAAAUCAUUUGAAAAUAUAAAGGCCAUUCUUAAAGGUGAACCAGUUCUUUUGGCACCAAAUUUUGACCAACCUUUUAAGUAAGCAGUAGAUGCUACUGAUAUUGGUGCUGGAGAGGUAUUGCUACAAGAAGACAUUUCUGGGAUAAAUAAUCCUGCUUUUAUUUCUCAAAGAAAUUUAACAAACAUCAGAGAAAUUACUCUACUAUUUAAAGAGAGUUUCUAGCUCUUAUUUUGGCUAUUCAGCACUUUGAAGUCUAUUUAAGUGCAGUCACAUACCUUAUUGUUGUUUCAGUGACCACAACACUUUCACUUUCAUUAACAAAAUGAAAAACAAAAAUCAGAGAUUGCUUAGAUGGAGUCUUUCACUCCAAGAGUAUAACUUGGAUAUUUAGCACAUCAAGGGCAAAAAUAAUGUUGUAGCAGAAGCUCUAUCCAGGAUUUGAACCAAUGGUUCUAUAUGUUAUAAAUAAUGGUAUUUAGUAUAUGUGCUAUAACUGUUAAAUGAUAUAUUAAUUAAAUGUAUUAUAAUCAAAAAAAGAUAAAUUAAGAACAUGUGUGAAAAUUGUAAUACUAAUAUAUUUCUUUUCAAUGCACUAAGUAUGUUUCAUUUGUAUGAUAUGUUGUAAAAUUAAAAGCAAGUUUUAUCAAACUUUAUUUUUUUAGGUUGGGAGGUGUUAUGUAUAGAUAAGUUUUCUCAUUUUUACCUAAGGCAAAACGCUGUUUACUGACCUUGUUUUAUGACAUUAUUCUGUAUUUACUACAAAAUUCUCCUUUAAUUUAGAAAAUUCCACAAGUAAUGUAUCAAUUAUUGAUACACAGUGUGUUCAGUUAUUUUUAGAAAAGACUGUCCGGAAAUUUCUUAUAAUUCUUAUUGUUACCUGAAAAUUCUGGAACCUUCCAUGACACAAUAUACAGUCAGAUGUUUUAGAUUGAAAUAGAACCUAAGAACAUAAGAAGCUUAACUGUAGAUAUUGAUGAAACUUUUCUGUAUUGUUACCAGUUUGGAUAUUUAAUAUUAGGAAGGAUUAUUUGAAGGAUUUACAUUAAAGAUUUCUGGAUUUAAAACGUUAUCUUUGAAAAUAGGAAUUAUAAAUUUUGGAUACUUUUUAGCUGUGUGAAACGUUGUGGAAUUCAUUCUGACAAGAUUUAAAUUUGACCUGGACAGGAUUUGGACUAUUUUAGUUAUUAGACUGGUUUAUAAUGUUUUUUUCAUUUUCAAAGGUAUUUGGAUUUUUAUUUAAGUUCAUGAAUAAAAUUUUGUUAUUGUUAUAGUAUCUUGUUUUUCUGUUACUUUUCUUCACUGUAACAAGAAAUUGUUAA